UACAAGGUAUCCAUUAUUGAGGACUCCCGUGGUCAUCAGGGGGUUUAAUAUUAGAUCACUCCACAGCGCUAGUGCGUCUUUAAACGCACCAUGAAGCCGCAGCUGUUUGGGACCAAAGAGCGACCGUGCGUAAAACAAAAUUCCGGAGCGGAUGCUGCGCUGUCUUUUCAAGAGGAGCUUGUUGCAGCCCUACACGGAGCAUUUGAAGUCGCUGUGGAGAUCGCGGUUCGAGAGGUGAAAAAGCUUGUAGCAGGUCAGGCGACAAGUGACAUCAAUGAAGAGCUGCGACGAGAAAACGAGUCCCUCAAGCAGAGGCUACAGCGAGCCGAAGCUAAGCUGGACUCUGCGCGCACAGAGGAAAACUAUGGAAGCCCCCUUACUACAAAUCAGCUCUUCAGUGCCAUAAAGUACACAGAUAAAUCGCCACACCCUAAUUGCAAUCAAAUAAUCAGCGUGCAUAGCUGCACAGGGGUCAGAGGUGACACUAAGCCUGUGGGUCACAGCGGUGCACAUCAGCCCCCUGACAUCCAGGAUAAACACGUGGGCAGACCUGGAGAUCAGAGAUCACGCAGUGAUAACAGUGUCAGUGACGCAGCUUCAGAUCCAGAAAAAGAGCAAAACAAUGGCUGCACCAAAGAGGUCACUGAAGAGAUUUCUCAGGUGUGUAUGGUGAAGAUUGAAAGCAUGAACCCAGUAUGUCAAGACCAAGGAGCUCAACAAUGCAUCUCACCUCCACUUCCCAGUAUUCUUGGCAAAUCCACUUUAGAGCAGGUUACUGUAAAACAGGAGAGACCAGAAGAGGAGACACAUGGUUCCUCUUGCUGUUUGGAUUCAUUUAAAAUGGAAGAUUUUAGCCUGGAGUGUAUGUCUGGAGUCCAGUCCAAAAUGUUGGAGGAGUGGAAACCAGAAGUGCCGAAUAUUCAGAGCCAAGAUUCAAACACUCAGCUUUCCAGCACCGGGCGCGAUCAGGCUCGUUCUCAAAACCCAACCUCCACCCUUCCACCACCUGCAGAUCUUCCAUCCCUCCCCGCAGAAUUCCCUAACAUCUUUCAGCUGUCUGAACCAGCUCCUGUGUCAGAGGCCCCUCCACAGGUUUAUGGAGUCCAUGUGCGAACCAGCCAUAAACUCAACCACCCCAUAGCUACCCUCUACACCUGUAAGUCCUGCGGUCAGACUUUCCAUCUGCCCAGCUUGCUGCGACGGCACACUGGCCAGUGCCAGCUAAGGUUCCAGCAACGGUGUCAGCAACCUGUAGCAGGAAGCAAGAGGACCAGGUUGCAGCUUUACCCACCGGGCUGCAGCCCCUUCCGCUGCACAGUGUGCAACCGAGAGUUUAAUCGCAUGGAGAACCUCAAGACCCACCUUCGCAUCCAUACAGGAGAGAGGCCAUAUACCUGCUCAGUCUGCUCCAAGUGUUUCCGUCAUUCUGGCGCUUUAACCAGACACUUCCGCAUCCACACCGGAGAGAAGCCUUACAUUUGCGGACAGUGUGGGAAGUCUUUCAGAAACUGUGGUGGGCUCAAAUUCCACCAGCGCUCUCAUAGCAAGCAGCUACAGUAGUGUGGGUCUGGGGUUGU